UUCGAUGGAUGUUUUCCAAAGAUCUCGUGAAUUCUUAUUAUUAUUGCGGUAUUUAAUAACGUAAUUUUACCCAAAAAAGUGCAAUAACGUAGUCCGCGAUGUAAUGAGUUAAUUAACGAGAAUAAUCUAAGCUGCCCUGGUGCCAGUUUGUUAAAAAAAUGCUUGUGUUUACAUCCAAGUUUGAAGCGAGCUUCUGUAUUCCUGUCAUAUUAAGCCUAUGGUACAAAGUCCUCAAAUAGUUGAAGCGAGGGAAGGCGUGAGUGCAGCACUGCUUGCAGAAAAAUCGCUAACUUGUCGUGAAUAAAUUUUUAUUUAGCGGAAGUGCAAGGCCGUCAAAACGUCGACUCCAUCGGUGAUCAAGUUAUCCGGGGGAGGAUCAGGUGGUGGGGAGAGAUCAUCCCCAGGCCCAGGCCCGCCUCCCCCAGCAGUCCCGGUCGAGCGAAAUGAGUCGGUUGAAAACAAUGGAGCAAGAUCAGAAGGAGUCGACCACCUGGGAUCAAAAGCAGAGGCCACCAUGAGUUUUGUAUUUCAGCUAGGUGCUGCUGCGGCCAGCGCGGAAGAAGUGGAGAACAACAAUCCGCUCUUGACGUCGACAGAAAUCAACACGCCUCUGACAGUCGAGGCGGCGUCUCUUCCAAAAUCCUCAAUUGCCGCAGCGAAACCACAAAAUUUGCAGAAUCUGAAAGCCGUUAUCAAUUCACCGCUAGUCUCCAUCACUCAAACUGCUUCCACGGCUGUUAAACCAAUCAUCGGCACCUUUCCGGUCAACAAAAAUGGCAAAGAAUUUCAGAGGAUCAGCUCUCAAACGAACACAACUCAGGUUUUGUCCACGAGGGUUAUUUCUCAGAAAGUGCCGUGCAAUUACACAAUGCAUCCGACCCCGGUGAAUACCUCGUCAGCAGCAGUGAAGCAACUGCCACCCUCGACCGGCAGCUCUCUCUCAAAUACGUUAAUUCAAGUGCAAACACCCGCUUUUUCUCAGAAUUUAGGACAAUCGGUCAAGGCUCUUGUUUCCUCGGAGCUGUCCAUCACGAAGCAACCAUCAUCGGCCACCAUGAAUCCGCAAUUCGCCGGUCAGCUCAAACUCCAGCCACUCACGGUACCAACAGCGGCUAAUUCGUCAAUGCAAACUGUCGCCAAUACCACGAUUUCUAGUGUUCAGAGGUUCCAAGUCAAAAGUCAGAGUGCCAAUCAGCUGCAGAAUUUAAAUCAGAAUAUUAAUCCGCCGACUGGGAAUCAGCAGAAUUUAAAUAAAGCGAAGGCCAUGAGCAACUUGGGUAGUAGUCAAGCUCCCAUUCAGCGAACAGCCCCUGUUUCGAGGAUCCAGACUCUGCCGAAAUCCCAGGUGCACUCGCAAAAUGCGCACAUCUCGAUGAAUCAGGUGAUGAGCAAUGCAAACAUGCAACGAGUACAGCAGAUCAAUCCUUCGAUUCAGAAAGUGCAGGUCCCAAUCGGCCAGAAAAUACAGCAGCAGACUUUUAAUAAUCAGAAAGGCCUGUCUGCGGGCUUGAAUAAUUUGAGCCAAUCCAAUCACAAGAGUCAGCAGCAGGCUGGCCAGCCUCAUCAAAUUAUCCACAAGGGACCGGGGGGUGUUGUGCCGAUGAAGAUGGCAGUUCAGAGACAACCGCAAAUUGUGAACAAUGCCCAGAAAUCGGUUGUUGCUACAGCUAGCGGUAUGAUGCAGAAACAGCAGUUGUCUGGACAGCAGGGAGCGCCUGGACAACAGAUGCAAAAGCAGCAGACUCAGACUCAGCAGCAGAGGCCAAUCGUUGGUGGGAAUUUGCAAAAGUCCCAGACUCUGGCGAGUGUCAAUUCAACUAGAGUACUACAAACAGCGACAGCCGUUUCUAAAAGUAAUAGUGUACCAAAUAUAGCGAAAAUUUCGUCCCAGAACUCGAAUGUUUUGACGAUAGCCAAGAGUGGAAAUAAUUCACAGUCUCAGACGAAUGUGCCGACAUCACAUCUUCAACAACAAUUGCUCCAUCCGAAUCUCCAUCAGCAGAUGCAUCAACAGAUUCAUCAGCAGCAGGUGCAUCAUCAUCAGAAUCAGAUUCAAAAUCAGCAUAUACAGCAGCAGCAGCAGCAAAUGAUGAUGCAGAAACAGCAGAUUCAGAAAAAUCAAAUACCGAGCAUGCAGCAGAAAGGGGCGACUAUAACGCCAGUGCCGAAUAAUCAGAAGCCGGCUGGAAAUAUGAAUUCGAAGUUGGCGCAGCAGCCACAGCAACAGCAGCAGCAAAUGGUUCUCAGAAUGGGAGCGGCGAAGAGUCAGCAAAAUCAACAGACGAAUCCGAAGCCAAAUCAGAAGAUGCAACCUUUCCAUCAUCGGAAUGCAACAACUGCUACUGCUGCCCAGUUGAAGAUCGUUCCCCAAUCGCAGAAUGUGAUUUGUCCGCAAAAUACGCCGAAGCAGCCGGGCUGCAUUAAGACGAUACCGGCUCAGAAACCAAAUCAGAGGAAUAGUGCGCCAAAGGGACCGAUCAAGACUUCGCUCAAUACGAAUAUGAAUCCGUUGAAGAGUGCGUCGCCUUGUGUUCCCCAGAAGACCAGUAUUAAGACCCUGAUGCCCCAGCAGACUGGAGGAGGAGGAGGAGGAGGAGGAGGAGGGCCUAGUAUGAUGAUGGUGCAGAAGAAUCAUCAGCAGGUGAAGGUUCAGCCGCAAACGAUGCAGCCGAAGCAGGUCAUCAUGACGAAUCAGUUUCAACAGCAGGGUCGACAACAGCCGGGACAAGUGAAGACGUUGAUGCCGGUCAAUUCUGGGGAGCCGAGGAGGGAAGUUGAAAUUAAAAUUGAACCGGAAACUGUCCUGCCGAAGGAAGAAGAUUUCCAAAAGCGGCCUUCAUCUCCUGGUAGAAGGAUCCCGCUACCUUACGAGGUGUGUCUGCAGUUCGUUCUUCAAGAUCACAAUUACGGUGCUCCACCACCGAGAACGCCACCGCCACAAUCGCCGCCACCACAUCAAAAACCGCAACCGGUUAACGGAGCCAGCAGUUCCACAGUUGUCACUCAAAAUACUUUUAUCUAUGGACCAGCUCUUCCGAGUACUAACAACAUCGAGGACGAUGCCGGGAGUGCUAUCAGCAGUGACGCUGGACGUGAGGUCGAACCGGAAGGCGAGGAAACGGAAACUGCGCCUGAGGGCGAAGGGGAUGACGAAGACAGCAUUACCCGAUGCAUUUGUGAUUUCGAGCACGACGACGGCUACAUGAUUUGCUGCGAUCGGUGUUUAGUCUGGCAACACGUCGACUGCAUGGGUAUAGAUCGUUCCAACAUUCCCGACGAGUAUCUCUGCGAAAUCUGCCGACCUCGUCGGGUCGACAGACAGCGAGCGCGAGCACUCCAAAUGCGAAAGCGGGAGGAACUUUUGAAUUCCGACACGACCUCGGACUCGUCGUCGACGACCUCGGCCGACACGGACGUCGGUGCCGUCGCGAAUAAUCCGAAGAAGAGACCUCUUCCCCAGCAGCAGCAACAGCAGCAGCAGCCACAACAAGUUCCCCGACGCAAGACAGAUCCGCCUCAAGUCCGACGGCUCAACAAUAAUAACAACAAUAACAACAACAGUGUGAAGCGGCAGAGACGGGAGACACAUCCUCGACAGACGAGCGCCGUACGUACGAAAAAGGAGACGGUGAAGCGUGUCCCGGGAAAGCGAAAAACGAAGAGGAGAAUGAGUAUCGAGCAGAAGGAGGAGGAUGAGGCUCAGGACUCGUGGGGCUCGAAUAUGGCGCCACUGAGACAGUGGAUCGAGAGAUACGAGGAGGCUGUCACAAAUCAUUACAGUCCCGAGCUGAGGGCGCGAAUUUCCAGUAUUAAAAUCAACGGGACCCACAAUGAUAUCAAGCAGAGCAAUAUAAGUGUUGUGGCGAGCGGCAAGUGUCGGCUCAAUGUUCACAGCAAUAGUUUGAGGUUCCUCGUCGCAACGAUGUAUCUGCCAGCGAAUACCCCGGUUCUGGAAUUGCGGGGGAAGUACAUGCUGAGCACUCAGCAUCGACCGGCCCAUCAUCCACCGGGUCGCCAGCACGUUCAGCGACCCGGGCCCUUUGUCUUUUUCUAUCGGCUGCCGCGCGAGGGCACGGAGGUAUGCGUUGACACGAGAACCUACGGGAAUGACGCGCGAUUUGUGCGACGCAGCUGUCGGCCGAAUUCGGAGGUGAAGCACUGCAUCGAGAAGGGCACUCUGCAUCUCUAUAUUGUGACGACGAGUCCGAUCGAGAAAAAUGCGGAAAUUACGAUUCGGCAUGAGCAGCACGAUCUUUUGCUAUCGCCGAACUCGAGUUCGCCACAGCAGCAGCAGCUGAUGCCGCUUGUCUGUGCGUGCAAUAAUCCGAAAGAGUGCCAGAUUAAUUCGACGCCUAUUUCACAGCCGCCACCGCCGCCCCCGCCACCUCCGGUCAACAAGAAGAGUACCAAUGGACCGAUUCCAGAAAUUCCUGAAAGCGGGAGAGAAAAGAGAAGACGGGGAAGGAGAAACACAGCUUCUGAAGAGAACGAGCAGCCGCUACCGGCAGUCUCGAGCACAAGUAUCCCCCAGAUACCGCCUCCAGCACCGACACCACCACCAGCUCCAGUUCCUCCUCCUCCACCGCCGCCGCCGCCACCACCGCCCCCAGCGCCAACGCCAGCGCCGCCAAAAAGAAGUGCAUCAACAAGCAGCAGCAGCAGUAAUGUCGGAGCCACAACUCGGCAAGCAGCCAAAGAAGAAUCCAUGCAAGUUCAGCAGCCCGAGACGUCGUCGUCACCGAGUCUCAUUUCAACAACGACACCUUCCUCGACGAAGAGCUCAGAGAAGGAGAAGAAAGACAAGAAGAAAAUGACCCGGGAAGAGCGUAAAAUGGAGGCGAUAAUGAAGGCUUUUGAGAGAAUGGAAAAGGCGCAGCAGAGGAAGCAAGAGGUCCAGGCGAGGAAUGCCCAGCGAAAAGAAUCUGGAGGUACGCACAGUGACAAUGACGAGAAUCCUCCGAUUUCAUUGGCCAAGCAGAGCAAGCCGAACAACAGCGAGAAGCCUUUGAGACGCAAACGAAGAAAGGGUCGAGCUAGAACAACCAGUUCCUCGAAUUCCCAGGGCAAUCGAAGAUCCCGAGUCAAUUCAGCGGACUCGGAUCUUUCCUCCGGAGACGAGAGCAAUUCCAUCCAGUCGCCGCCACCCACGAGUCAAAAUUGUUUGAAUCGGGAUAUGCUUUACUCGAGUAGAAUGCAUACGCCGACAAAGGAGGGCAAUGAGGGAACGGCUGCGGGUGUCUUACUGGCUCUAGCCAAUUCCAAUAUUCCUCCCGGUCCCCCCAGUUCGCCACCUCUCAUGAAUCUGAAUCCACCGACGCCCAUCAAGAGUCCGACUUGCGACAGUGGAGCAAGCAGCAGUUCCCAGAGCUCAACUCCAUCCACACCUCUCUCGUCGGCUUGUCUCCUAGUGGCCGCUGCAGUUGGCCCACUAGCUCCCGGUUUCAAAUUCCCGAAGACGAAGAAGGUCCUGAUGAAUGAGUGGCUCAAGGAAUCACCGGACCCGGUACCGACGCACACUCUUCCCCAGGUCUCGGUCUGUAUGACCACUUUGCCCAAUUUGCCCCCAACUUCCGUCUCUCAUCCGAUGAAUAAUGCAAUUGAAAAAUCGCCCGAUUUUCUCUCGCCGACUGAUCACACCUCGGAAUUGUUUUUGUCGCAGAGUUAUGCGGCCAAGAGUCUGGCGACUCUGGUCCAGGCGGCAAAUUCGGUGUCGGGAAUUUGCGACUCGCCGCCGCAGAGGAGGCAGUCGGCGACGGGGUUGAGUAAUCAGCAGCCACAGCAGCAGCAGCAGCAGCAACAACAGCAGAAUUCGUCGUGUCCGGUCUCGGGUGGUGGUGGUUCGGCGAAGAAGAGGUGGCUGAGACAGGCAAUUUCAGAGGAGUGUGAUUCGCCAAACAGCAGGCCGGAGAGUCCUCCGAGUGAGAUGGUGGCGCCACCGAAAAAGAGGCGGAUUGCAAGAGAGAGUCUGUCGUCGGACAAUUAUACGCCGCCGACGACGCCGACUCUGAUGAUGCCGGAACCUCUGCCUGCCAGCAGACCCAUUUGUAAUGAGGAGGAAUUUGUCGACCAUAUGAAUUCACCCACCGUCGAAGAAUCUAGAAUACCACAUUACUACGAUUCCGAGCCUUUAUCUUCCCAGAAAAUUGGCUCUUACGAACCGGAAGUUAAACACAAAAUUGAGACAGUUUUGUCACCAAUGCCACCCCUAAAAACCGAAACUGAACUCGAAGCUAAAAUCAAAUUUGAGUUGGCUUCCUACACAAAAGUCGAACUCGCCCCAAUAAAAAGAGACACCUGUCUCGUCGAACCCUUGGCAAAUUUCGUUAAACCCGAGAUUUUGGAUCAUGAAAUAAAUUGUAAUUCAAAUGCAGAGCCAAUGGAGAUGACGAGCGUUUACAAAACUGAGCCGUCUUUUCAAGUUAUAAAAUGUGAAGUUCAACACCUCGAAAAGGAUGAAAUCCUGAUGAGGGAGGCUUCCAGUCCAGAAAAUCUAUCCCGACUCGACGGUUUAGCGAGGCUAGAAAAUGUAUACAGACCUGAGAAUUUAUCGAGGCCCGAGCAAUUACUGUCUAGGCCGGAAAAUUUAGUCAAAUCGGAAAAUUUAGCCAAGUCUGAAAUUUUGUCAAUAGUCGAAGAUUUGUCGCGACCGGAGGAUUUGUCCAAACCUGAAAAUCUAUCAAAACCGGAAGAUCUGUCCAGACCUGAACAUUUGUCGAGUCCGUUGAAUCUGUCCAGGUCAGAGCAUGUUGAUAAAGUUGAUGUUGAGACGGGAGAUGAGAAUGAUCAGGAUACCGAAAUGGAGGAAGUCAGUUCACCUCUGGCAGCUCUUGAAUCAGAAGCAAAUUUGAAGCAACGUGUUGCGGAUAUGAGACUCCAGUUGAGCAGUCAUUUAAAUCGGAAACUGGUUAAGGAUUUGAAGUGUUCUGAAAAUGAGAGAAUCGAUGAUGCUGAUGAUGAUGAUAAUGAUGAUGAUGAUGAUGAUGAUGAUGAUGAUGAUGAUGAUGAUGAUGACGAGUCUGAUGGGGAUUCCGAUUUUGAUGAAUUUGAUGUCGAAGCCCAGAUGAAAAAAAUCACCGGCGAUGAUGGAGAUGAUUAUAAGGAAAAAAUGGAUACGAGUUCGGAAAGAGACAAGAGUAUGGAUGGAAUUGAGGGUCUGAUGGAGAGUUCGAAAGAAGAUUCAGAUUCCGAUGAUAAGGAAAUGGAGGAUCACGUGGAGGAGUCUGUCGAGGAAAGAGCUUUCAAGGAACUUGAAAUGAAGUGUGACGAUUCGAGUUUUCACGAAGAGGUCAAAGAUUCAGUAAAAAGUCGAAAGAAUCCCGAGCCUCCCUCUGAAGAAUCGCUGAUGGAGUCGAAUUCCUCAAACGUAGAGGAAGUCGAGCCAGCAAAAGUUUUUCUCUCGAUUCCGCCUCUGAGUGAAAGAAUUCGCAAAAAGCCGGACCCAGGACCGCCGCCGAAAUCUCAGCUAGACAUCGAGGCUGCCAUUAUUGAAUCCUCAAUCGAGAUCGAUGGAGAAUUGAUAAAUAAUGACGAAGAAAAGUCAAUGCUGUCGACAGCUUUGCGGGAACUUUUAGAGGCCAAAAUUGAGGAAGAGCCUGAGGAGAUGAUGGAAAGUGAAGUGUCUCCUCGACAAUUGUCGUCUCCGAUUCUGAAUAUUAAUCAAGAGAAGCCAGAUGAUGAUGAUGAUGAUGAUGAUGAUAAUGAUGAUCAUGAUGAUGAUGAUGAAGAAGAGGAGAGUGAGGAAUUUAAGUUUGAAUUGAAAGAAGAUUCGAUGGAGGUAUCGCAGGACGAAGUGAAGCUGGAUUUGAAGGAUAUAAAGGAAGAGUUGAAAGAGGAUUUAUUAAAGGAAGAUUUAAAAGAAGAAUUAUUAAAGGAGGAUUUAGAGGUUGAAUUGAAGGAAGGGGACAAGAUAGAGAGUCCAAAAAUGGGAGAAUCGUCAGUGAAAAAUAGUCCCGAAAUUUCGGAUGAAACUCCGCCUGUGAAAAUAACACCUCCGAAGGAUGUGAUUAGGCUGAAGGAUCCGAGGACCUGCGUGCCGAAGGAAUCAAUCCCAAAAAUGGAAACUCCUGUCAAGCGCAAGGUUAGAAUGUUGUCGAUAUCCGAGUAUAGGAAAAGAAAACAGCAGUCGACGGGAACUCCGCCGGAACGUGAAUUGUCGAAUGAUCCGUCUUCGGAGAAAGGAGCCGCUAGAGGCCGUUCUGACAGUGCCAGUAGUGGAACAUCUUCCUUGAGUUCUGAUGAUGAAGGUCCGAAAGUUUCCCUGGAAAUACCGAGUUUAUCGACACUGCCGCUCUUCACAACUCCCGAGGACGAGAAAAAAGGCGCGGAAGAGGGAAAAAUUGGCUGGUCAGCAGCACCCACUUUGGUCGAACGUCAACGAGAAAAUCUCACGGAGCGGCUAAAACGAGAAUUUGGACUUUUUCUCAGCGACGAUGAAGAGGAAAGGGCCCGGAAGCAAGGUUUGAACGCGGAGGCGAUAAUGAAGGCGCGGAAGGAACAGCCUCCACCGCCUCCACCAACUCAACCCUACCCCACUGCAGUUCCCAUUCCUACGACCUAUCCCCUUCAGCAAUUACCUCCCCAACCUUACAUCCCGCCGCCAGGCUCCAUCUCCAUUCACUAUCCCCAAUUCCAAACGAAACCUCCGCCAAUCCAGUAUCAAAGUUUUCCUGCGCCGCCGCCGCCACCGCCGCCGCAGAAGCAGCAGCAGCAGACGAUAGUGCAUUCCGUCGAGACGACGAAUCAGUUGUCGACAACCCAGCCGCAGCAGUUUUUGAUCCCACAAGCGCCGCCAGGUUCCAAUCCUUAUCCGCCGCAGUACGUGCCGCAAAAUAUAAUGACGACCGUCACCGCGCCCAAUUACCAACUCGGGGUACCGACACCUGUGCCAGCGCCUCUUCCGAUGCCCGUGCCCGUGCCGAUGCCUAUGGCCGUUCCAAUGCCCGUGCCGAUGCCCGUUCCCCCCGUUUUCAGCACGCCGCCACCUCCGACCCAGAAGGCCUUUUUCAAUCAGCAGCCGGCACCGAGAAACUCGUAACUCGAAUUCAAUCUAGCUCUAUUAUAAUAUCAUUUAGACGAUGUUCAACGAUCUUCAGGUGAUAUGAACCCGUUGACAUAACCUCAAACUCAACAGCGCUUUUUUGUGAAUGUGGGAGAAAUAGAGAGAGAGAGAAAGAGACUGUCAGUGCAUUUUUUUUUUUUUUAAAAGAGGCAGAAAACCGACUUUAUGGAACUUACCAGGAAUUAUAUAAGGAGCAAGUCUGAUAGAAAUUAGGGAUUGUUGAUUUUUACAAAAAGCCAAAAACGAACAAAAAAGAGGAGGAGGAAGCGCGCGGUAUUUCUUGGGAAAAAUUAGUUUAGGAAUUUAUUUGGCUAAUGAUUGAAUUUCAAAUCAGUUAUGUUCUGCAAUUGAAGUUUUUGAAUCUCUCGGGAACGAAAUAUGUUUUUGUGUAGAGGAAAUUAGGCGA